AUGUCCGACACAUCGAUUAAUGAAGAAUCACCUUCCGAAGUCAAAAAACGUUUACGCGAAAAUGAAGAAGAUAAUGCUAAACGACAGAAAACAGAAGGCAACGUUUUUUAUUCGACUUCUCCGGAACCGUCGACACCAGCAAAAUUUGCCACGCCUUCUCCUCCUGAAACUUCCAUGUCAACGACAAAAAACUCAACGUCAACCUAUUCCUCCUCUUCCUCUAGUUUACCGAUGGCACAGCCGACAACACCAAUUUACACCUCACCUGGGGCCACAACCCUGUUUUCCAAACCUUCGUGGCUCGAUCAGAAUCCCGCUCUACACCUGAAUGAGGCUCAGAAAGCCGCAUUAGAAAAGGCCAAAGCUUUUGCAAGAGAAAUGCAGGCAGCGUUGCUAAACCCGGCCGGAAAGAGUAGCUCUCCCCCGCCAUUGCCUACCUUUUUUCUAUCUUCCAAUCCUGGCCUAGCCUCGGGAAUAGAUCCACGUUCCUUGUCUGUUUUAUCGCGCAUUUAUGUUGGCUCGAUCAAUUUCGAACUUACCGAGCAACAUCUACGUGUAGUAUUUGGUCAAUUUGGUGCAAUAAAGAGCGUUAGCAUGUCCCUCGAUCCUCACACCGGAAAACAUAAAGGGUUCUGUUUUAUCGAAUUUGAAACGCCCGAAGGUGCGUCAUUGGCCCUCGAAUCAAUGAAUGGUGCCGAGUUAGGUGGAAGGCAACUUAAGGUUGGACGUCCUAAUAACUAUACAGCAGCCACCGCCGCUGGUUUGUUGUCUCCCCCUAAAACCCGAAUAUACGUUUCUAAUGUUAACGAAUAUGUAAGCGAGGACGACUUGAUGAGUAUUUUCGAGUCGUUUGGAAAAAUAAAUCAUUGUGUUCUGAUGCCGGACCUCAUAACGAGAAAACACAAAGGAUAUGGUACUUUCGUUGAUAUUGGCGACUACACCUGGACGGUCAACAGUGGCAGUUCUAAUUUUGUUCCUCAAAACCACAACACUAAUCGAUAUUUGAGCCUUAGUAUCUUAAUUAUUCUGACAUUGUUAUCCAUUCUCCCAUUCUUAAUUAGGUUCAUUGAAUUCGACGAUGAAUCAUCAGCUGGCACAGCAGUCAGUUCUAUGAAAAUCUUUGAAUUAGGAGGUUUAACCUUACAUGUUGGUAAGGCUGUGAUAGGGGGACCUCUCAGCGAAGGUAUGAAGGCGAUCGAGAAGUUGCCUCCACUUCCUGCAGGGGCUACCCCACCGCAGACUCUUUCAACAUCUCCUUCAGUGACCGCUGCAGCUGCUGCCGCCAAAGCACAGAAUGCAGCCGCAAAAAUUGCGGCUGACCUCGCAUCCAGGGGUCAAGCUGCGGUUGAAUCCGUAGCGCAAGAGGAAAACAUGAGUAUCAGUGCCAGUCAACGUUAUGCUAUUAUGCAAAAAUUGGCGCGAGCAGAGUCAUCUCCCGUGGUGGUAAUUCGUAAUGCCGUUGCACCUUCAGAAGUCGAUGAUACUCUUGAGGAUGAGUUUCAAGAAGAAUGUGGUAAUUAUGGUAAGGUCAAUAAAGUUGUCGUUCACAUUGAUUCAGAAGAGAUAUUUGAGGGCGAACGAGGGCUCGUUAAAAUUUUCGUACAUUUUGAAGAAGGUUCUGCUGCAGAAAAAGCAAAGGAAAAAUUAGAUGGUCGAUGGUUUGGUGGUCGUCGUAUAAGUGCCUCGUUGUUUGAUCUUAAGAAAUUUCAAACUGGUGAUUAUUCUAGCUAA